AUGCUAUUGUCUGAAACUGAACUACAUGUCAGAGUUGAUUCUAAGGAGUCUAUAACAUUUUCUACCAAUGCUGGAACCCCAAAAAGAGAUACGCUAUCACCUGUAUUAUUCAUCGUAUAUCUGGAGGUAGUUUUGAGAGAUCUAAGAGAACAAAUCGAAUGUCUGAAAGAUAACUUAAUGGGACUCAUUUACGCGGGGAUAAUUUGGAUUGGACUUUUAGGUUUAAUCAGUUUAAUGAGCAGUUUUACAUCGUUUAAAUCUCAUCGUUAUUUGGGAGUACGUCUCUAUGUUAAUUCGAUCGACCAAGUUAUGCAGUCUUGUAUAGUUUCUAAACCAUCUGGAAAUAUUGAAAUUGUUACUCGACCUAUUCCAGAAAUCAGCCCAGAUCAAGUUCUUGUCCAAGUCAAAGCAGCAGGAGUUAACCCAGUUGAUACAUAUAUUCGGAGUGGUGUAUUCUUCCCAAAUCAACCGUAUCCCUAUACACCAGGCAUUGAUGGAGCAGGAAUUAUUACUAAAGUAGGAGCUAAUUGUAAAAAUCAAAAUAUUAAUGAUCGUGUUUAUAUUUUUAAAGCAACAUCUCCAUAUGGUACCUAUUCAGAGUACUGUGUGGCCGAGUCCUCCUGUGUCAUGCCGUUACAUCCAAACCUAACAUUUGAACAAGGGGCAGCUCUAGGCAUUCCUUACUAUUCAGCUCACCGAGCUCUUUUUUUCUGGUUAGUUGGAAUAGCCGCCUGUGAAAUAGCACUUGCAGCAGGAAUGGAAGUAUAUGGGACUGCAGGGACUAAUGCUGGGAGAACUAUGCUUUUAAAACUGGGUGUUAGAAAGGUCUACAAUCAUAAAGAAAAUGAUUAUAUUCAAACAAUUAUCGUAUUUUAAAUAUUUAUUAUUUAGGACGCAAAUAUGAGAUUUGAUUUGAUUAUUGAAUGUUUAGCAAAUGUUAAUCUUGCUAACGAUUUUUUUAUUUCG